ACCGGAGGAAAAACAUACAGAUGGACCACAGAAAGAAAAGUGGACCUCAGCACAGGACAGGUCUCCCACUCGUUCUUGCUGGUCCCCAACUGUCCAUAUCCCCUUCUUGGGAGAGAUUUACUCUCUAUGCUAGGAGCCCACAUCCACUUCACUAGAAAGGGAGCUACUGUAAAAGGAAAAGAUGGAGCUCCACUACAGGUAUUAACCCUGCGGCUGGAAGAUGAACAUUGGUUAUAUGAGGGACUGAUAACAGAAACUCCUGGUAUAUCUGAUUGGCUAAGUAAAAUCCCCUUGGCAUGGGCCAAGACAGGAGGCCCAGGACUGGCCUGCAACCAGCCUCCAAUAGUGGUCACAUUAAAACCAUCUGCUACUCCGGUUUCAAUCAGACAAUACCCUAUGAGCAGAGAGGCCCGAGAGGGAAUCAGACCCCAUUUUCAAAGACUUUUACAAAUAGGCAUACUUCACCCCUGACAGUCCCCUUGGAACACCCCGCUGCUCCCCGUAAAGAAGCCAGGAACAAAUGACUAUCGACCAGUCCAAGACUUAAGAGAAGUCAAUCAGAGGAUAGAGGAUAUACACCCCACUGUUCCAAAUCCUUACAAUCUCCUGAGUACCUUGUCCCCAAGUCACAGGUGGUAUACUGUACUUGACCUGAAGGAUGCGUUCUUCUGCCUAAGGCUGAGCCUGGUUAGCCAGCCCAUCUUCACUUUUGAAUGGAAGGACCCUGAAGCUGAAAUAUCGGGACAACUAACCUGGACGCGACUUCCCCAAGGAUUCAAGAACUCUCCUAUUCUGUUUGAUGAAGCUCUGCAUCGUGACCUGGCUGACUUUCGGGUAAGAAACCCACAGAUUAUGCUCCUCCAGUAUGUAGAUGACCUCCUCUUAGCAGCCGAGACGGAAGCAAGCUGUUUGCAAGGUACGGAGGCCCUCCUAUUGAGACUGGGGGAACUUGGAUAUCGGGCCUCGGCAAAGAAGGCCCAGAUCUGCCUACAGCAGGUAAACUAUUUGGGCUACUGGCUGGAGGGAGGACAAUGAUGGCUAACGGAAAGUAGAAAACAGGCGGUAGCCUCUAUUCCCCCACCAACUUCAGCCAGAGGACUCAGAGAGUUCUUGGGAAGCGCAGGAUUCUGUAGAAUAUGGAUAUCGGGUUUUGCCAAGAUAGCGGCUCCUCUAUACCCUUUAACAAAGAAUGGGACCCCUUUUGCCUGGACAGAAGAACAUCAGAGAGCAUUUGGCAAAAUAAAAAGAGCACUGCUAACGGCGCCAGUGUUAGGAUUACCAGAUUUGACAAAACCUUUCAUCCUAUAUGUAGAUGAAAAUCAAGGGAUGGCAAAAGGAGUUCUUACUCAAACUUUGGGACCCUGGAAAAGGCCAGGAGAUUAUCUUUCAAAGAAACUGGACAAUGUGGCCGCUGGCUGGCCCCCAUGCUUGAGAAUCAUGACGACAAUAGCAUCCCUGGUAAAAGACUAAGACAAACUUACUAUGGGUCAGCCCCUGACUGUCAUAACUCCACAUGCGGUGGAGUCCAUCAUUAGACAGCCCCCUGAUAGAUGGCUGUCAAAUGCCAGGGUGACCCAUUACCAGGCACUACUAUUAAAUCCAGAAAUGAUCAAGUUUGAGCCUGCCACCUUAAACCCCGCCACGCUGCUACCAACCCCUGAGAAAGGCACUGAGAUUCCCCAUGACUGUCAGCAAAUACUUGUGGAGAUGCAUGGGACUAGGGAAGACCUCACCGACCAGCCCCUAACAGAUGCAGAUGCCACCUGGUAUACGGAUGGGAGCAGCUUUCUGUGAGAUGGUGAGCAUAAGGUAGGGGUGGCGGUGGUUGAUGGAAAAACGAUAAUUUGGGCUCAAGCCCUGCCAGCCGGAACAUCGGCCCAACGGGCUGAAUUAGAAGCCCUAACCCAGGCCCUAAAAUUAGCAGAGGGCAAAAAGGUCAACAUUUACACUGACUGCCGCUAUGCGUUUGCCAUGGCUCAUGUACAUGGAGAAAUUUAUCGGAGGUGGGGGCUCCUCACCUCAGCGGGCAAGGACAUUAAAAGCAAAGAAACAAUAGUGGCCCUUCUACAAGCUUUGUACUUACCUAAAAAGGUCAGCAUUAUUCAUUGCCCUGGACAUCAGCGAGACCAGGAGCCGAUUGCUCAAGGCAAUCAGAUGGCAGAUGAAACUUCCCAUCAGGCAGCAGAAGGCACCUCUCUUUUUACCUACACUGAACAAGACCUGGAACUUGUUCGGAAGCUUAAUGCUACCCUGGAUCCCAAAACCAAGAUGUGGAGAUAUCAGAAUUGAACCAUACUGCCCCGGGAGGCAGCACUUGAGCUAAUCUCCCAACUCCACCAGUGGACACAUUUGGGACACAAGAAACUAAAAACACUACUAGAAAGAGAAGAACAAUUCUAUUACUUCCCGGACCUUAACCAGCUAGUUCAGAAGGUAGUAGGAGAUUGUGUCUCAUGUUCCCUGGUAAAUGCUUCCAGAUCAAAGGUCCCAUCUGGCAAGAGAGAAAGAGGGACACAACCAGGGACUAAUUGGGAAGUAGAUUUCACUGAGGUUCUUCCAGGAAAGUAUGGUUAUAAAUAUCUCCUAGUGUUUAUAGACACUUUCUCAGGGUGGGUUGAAGCUUUCCCCACCCAGAAGGAGACAGCCCAGACUGUGGUGAAGAAACUGAUUGAAAACAUCUUCCCUCGAUUCAGACUACCUAAGGUAAUUGGGUCUGAUAAUGGCCCAGCCUUCAUCUCCCAGGUAAGUCAGGGAGUGGCCAAAGCACUGGGGAUCAAUUGGAAAUUACAUUGUGCUUAUAGACCCCAAAGUUCAGGACAGGUAGAAAGGAUGAAUAGAACCAUUAAAGAGACCUUAACCAAAUUAGCUCUAGAGACUGACACUAAAGACUUGGUGCAGCUCCUACCUCUAGCCCUAUUUUGGGCUAGAAAUACUCCUGCUAUGCACAGCCUAACCCCCUACGAAAUCCUCUUCAGAGGACCGCCUCCUGUCCUCAAUGUAACCUUGUCCCCCUUGCCCUCUUCUUUUGAUAACCCCAGCCUGAAAACAAGACUCCGAGCCCUUCAGAUCAUCCAGAACCAGGUUUGGAGGCCUUUGGCUGCUGUCUACCAGCCUGGGAGUCCACAAACGCCCCACUCCUACCAAAUUGGAGACCAGGUGUAUGUGAGAAGAGACAACGUAAGGACUCUUGAACCACAGUGGAAAGGACCCUACAUGGUUCUCCUGACUACACCCACGGCCCUCAAAGUAGACGGGAUUUCAGCCUGGAUCCACGCUUCCCAUGCCAAAAGAGCCCCGGCCCAGGAGGAUGCUGGAAAAUGGCAUCUACACAAAACAUCCAAACCCCUAAAAAUAAGACUCUCCAGAGAUACCUAA